AUGAUUACUCUGAAGAAUGAAAUAUAUUAUACGAAAAUGAGCGAUCGAGAGCUGCCUAACGGAGUAAAGGUUCCCUGUAAAAAGCAUGAACCUUAUGAAUGCUAUUCAGAAAUCAAAAAGGAAGAUCUGGAUGAUCAUGGGAAAAAACUGAAUCCUCAAAAUAAAAAGUAUGACUCAGAAUAUAAGGCCAAAGUAGAAAAACAAAAAAAGAAAUGAGAAAAUUUUAAAGUUUUAAGUUCCUGAGUUUAAAAUUUUGUUUCGUACGAAUUCGUACUUUUCCGUACUGUCUCAGCCUCGCCGUAUAUACACUACUAAUAUAUUUUAUAAAUCAUUAUCUUGUUUAUUUUACAACUUCUACUAUGAGCAAGGUGUUAUUUUGCAGAAUAAAUUAUUUAUACAAAACAGUUUGUAUUAAUUCCCAAGUUAAAUAUUAAUGUUAUUUAUGUUAAUAUAAAGUUUAUAUAAGCAAUUCUACAAAAUUUUAUCAAGAAAAUAUUAUACCAAAC